CAAUUACUGAAAAAUGGCGUUUGGCACAAUGACAUCUUUGCUUGGCAUGAUACCUCUACUAGCGAUCGGGAUGAACUAUUAUCGCUACCAAAGCAUCGAUCCGGAGAACAAGGUGCAGGAGCCGCAAAUGACGCGCCGUCAGUAUGACUUUAUUGUUGUUGGCGGCGGUUCGGCCGGUGCAGUUAUAGCCAAUCGCCUAUCGGAAGUACGCAACUGGACGGUCCUACUACUCGAGGCUGGCGGUGACGAGACAGAGAUAUCGGACGUUCCCGCGCUCGCCGGCUAUUUACAGCUCACCGAACUAGACUGGAAGUAUGCGACAGCACCGUCACCCACUCGCCAAUACUGUCAAGCCAUGAAGGGCGAUCGAUGUUUUUGGCCGCGUGGCAAAGUGCUGGGUGGCUCUAGCGUGCUCAACGCCAUGGUCUACGUGCGCGGCUCCAAGAAUGACUACAAUCACUGGGAGUCGCUGGGCAACCCUGGUUGGGGCUACGAAGACGUGCUAAAAUAUUUUCUCAAAUCAGAAGAUGUGCGUAAUCCCUACCUGGCAAAGACGGCCUACCAUGAAACGGGCGGCUAUUUAACGGUGCAGGAGUCACCUUGGCGUACACCGCUUUCCAUAGCCUUUCUGCAGGCGGGCAUAGAAAUGGACUACGAAGUGCGCGAUAUCAACGGUGAACAGCAGACUGGCUUUAUGCUCACACAGAGCACCAUACGCAGGGGGUCGCGGUGCAGCACCGGCAAGGCAUUCAUCAGACCAGUACGCUUGCGCAAAAAUCUGGAUGUGCUACUGCACGCGCAAGCCACCAAGGUGCUAAUAGAUAAAAACAAACGCGCGAUUGGCGUAGAGUUUAUCAAAAGCGGUCAGAAAAACGUGGUGUUCGUACGGCGUGAAGUAAUCUUGUCUGCAGGCGCUCUCAAUUCACCGCAACUGCUGAUGUUGUCGGGCAUCGGUCCGGCUGAACACCUACAAGAACACGGCAUCAAUGUAUUAUCCGAUCUACCAGUGGGUGACAAUUUGCAAGACCAUGUGGGUUUGGGUGGUCUCACCUUCGUCGUCGACGCCCCGCUAACAGUGACUCGCACACGCUUUCAAACCAUACCCGUUGCAAUGGAGUACAUUUUGCGCGAACGCGGACCUAUGACUUUCUCCGGCGUAGAAGGUGUAGCUUUCCUUAACACUAAAUACCAAGAUCCUGCGGUGGACUGGCCCGACAUCCAGUUUCACUUUCUUCCGAGCUCGGUCAAUUCAGACGGCGGCGAGCAGAUACGUAAGAUUCUAAAUCUACGCGAUGGCUUCUACAACACCGUCUACAAACCGCUACACAAUUCAGAGACUUGGUCUAUCCUGCCGCUAUUACUGCGUCCUAAGAGCACAGGCUGGGUACGCCUCAAUUCACGGAAUCCUCUGCAGCAGCCCAAAAUUAUACCCAACUACUUCGCACAUCAAAAGGACGUCGAUGUGUUGGUUGAAGGCAUCAAGCUAGCCAUUAAUGUGUCCAACACGCAGGCCUUCCAGCGCUUCGGCUCGCGCCCUCACAACAUACCACUGCCCGGCUGUCGCCAACAUGAAUUCAUGUCUGACGCCUAUUGGGCCUGUGCCAUUAAGCAAUUCACCUUUACCAUUUACCACCCGGUGGGCACAUGCAAAAUGGGCCCCAGCUGGGAUGUGACCGCAGUGGUGGACCCACGCUUGCGUGUCUAUGGCAUAUCUGGUAUACGUGUUGCAGACGCCAGUAUUAUGCCGACCAUCAUGAAUGGAAAUCCCAAUGCGCCGGUCAUUAUGAUUGGCGAAAAAGCGGCGGACCUCAUAAAAGAGGAUUGGGGGGCGAGGCCAGCAGGGCGGCGCCAUGGAUGAGGAGUAGGCCAAAGUGAGCCAAUGACGGAUUUUUUAUGUAUUUAUAUGUAUGAAUAUUUCAAAUUAACACGUUACUUGUUGAAUUUAUAGUUUCGCACAUAUUUUUGCAAGCUAUGACUAGUCAAUUUUUCUUCCAUUCGUUAUCUAAGUUUUAGUUUGUUAGCUUCCGCAUAAAUAAAAAUUGCGAACUCAUUGUAAGCCGUCUUCGUGUUCGGUGUGUAUGUAAAUAGAUGUGGAUAUUUUAAAUUAACUUUCAUUUAUUUAGGUAGUAAUCAUUGGAAAAUCAUUGUAAAUUAUUCGCCGCCUACAUAAAUUUUUUUAUAUUUUUAUGAC